UGUGGAGGGUCAAAUACUCCUUCGACGAUGAUACGGCAACUUAACACAGUUGCAACUGGACCUGCGCAACAGUCGGCUGCGACGUCUUCGCACCUCUUGGAAAUGAAUAAUGGGAACACUGCAGCUAAAGUGGCGGAAGUUUUUCUGACUGCUGGUCAUGCUUUUCAAAAGUUGGGCGACCUGACAUUGCAGCUGUAUUCGACUCCCUCAGACAAUGAUGAAAGUAGGUGGUCGGAAAAAGAUGUCGAUCGGUUACGGGAUGCAUUAACUCGUUUUGCUCAUGAACUUGAUAAUAUUAGUGUUUCAGUGCAAAGUAGAAUCACGAAAUUGAUAAAAACGGAUAUGAAAAGAAGAAUUGUUAAUGGGGAUGAUUUACGGUCAUCAUCCCCUACCACCGGUAUUCCUCCAGCGAAACGAACGGCUAGUGUUGGGCAAAUGUUAAGCGCACAGAACGUAACCACAGCAAAGCGUGCUGUUAGUCUUUUGCCAGGAGGAAGUGGGAUAUCAGCUGUGAGUUCAAACGCUUCAGUACAACCAGCACCGUCACCCUCACAGUUUGGUACAAUAUCUGGUACGGCAGUGCCAGCAAUUGCAGCACGUGGCAUAGCAUUCACCACCUCUAGACCUAGAUUUACUCCAACUACAACUCCUUCAGUUGGCGCUACAGUUACACUGCAGUCUACUUCACAAGCAGGUAGGACUACAAAAACUCUGCUAGUUCCGGCUGAACCAACACAUUUCGUGCCAGCCAAUCCAUCUUGA